AUGGCGGCUGAAUAUAAUUGUACUCAAUAUUUUAGCCAAUAUCCGGAAGCCAAUAGUGACGAGGCAAAAGAUUUGUUUAUUACUUCAUUGAUUGACACAAUUGUGAAACCAUAUCGUCCAUAUCACUAUUACAUACUCACUUCUCUAGUUCUUUUUGCGUUUUUUGCCAAUAUUAUGAUUGUUAUAGUUAUUUCUCAAAAAGAGAUGAGAAGCUCCGGAGUUAAUGUGACAAUGAUGCUUAUAGCAGUUUGUGAUUUUGGAUGCUCAGUUUCAGCACUUGCACAGUUGUUAUUGAGGAAUUUUUCAGAUUACUAUUCAUCAUAUAUAACAGCUUAUGCACAAUUGAUUGUUGAUUACUUUCAAAUAGCAUUUCACGCUUCAUCGCUUUAUCUAGCUGUUGGAAUGUCGUUUUGUAGAGCUAUAUCGCUGGUUUUAACAAAGGAUACCCGUGACACUUGGCAAUCUCCUCGGUACGCUUUACGAUUGGGUAUUGUGUUGUGUCUUCCAGUUUUUUUUAUUGCUUCUACUAACUUAUUUUUGAACUAUGUAAAAGAAAAGGAUGAAAAUGGAUUAGUAGAGCUCGAAGUUUCUCCACUGUCCGUCGCAAACAGUUGUUGGUAUAUGAAAUUUGCUCUCGUCUUGUCAGGAUCUUUGUUUAAAAUAAUUCCAUGUAUUCUGAUGUCAGGGCUAUCGAUAGUAAUACUGGGAAAAAUUAAUGCUGGUAAACAACGAGCCAUUGCACUUUCUCGAAGUCAAUCGGAUAACACUCAGAGUAAGAUUGAUAGAUCUUCUCGUUUUAUUCAAUGCAUAAUCAUUAUAUUUGUGGUCACAGAAUUCCCACAGGGAUUUUUUUCCGUUGUUGGAGGGCUUUCUAUUAACGAUUAUAUAAAUUACUUCCAAUUUUUUUCGGUUUUCACAAAUCUUCUGGCAUAUUUCAAUACAACGACAAGUUUCAUAAUCUACAGUACUCUUUCUUCAAAAUUUCGAAAAUUAUUUGUGCAAUUGUUUGUACCACGUUUUAUAAAAGACAGGAUUGGGAAGAGUUCAAACAUAGUUGUGGUGCAAUCGACAUUUGUAGAGUCUCACGUAAUUUGA